CCAAAACGUCAUAUGGAGCGUGGAGCAUGCUACCGAUAGUAGCUCUCUUCCCCACUUCCGCAAAGACCCCACCACAACUCCAAGACUUGACUUCUAUUAUCAUCCAUUAUCUCCAUGCACCAUGUCUACUUCUUCAAAGCUCAGCCCCAACAACAGUGGGCCCCUUGACUUUCACGUGCUGUUGGAAAAGAAGGAAAUUUGGAUCGAUAAUGUCCUUCCCUUUGUAGGCAUUGGACAUUAUGCCUUUGUUGGUGCUGUCAACAAACGACUCAACCAGCUCUACAAGGAGUACGGGCAGACUGUGCAGAAUCCACCAGAAGUUUGGAUUUCUCGCUAUUUCAACAAGAAACGUACAGCGACCAUCACUGAUACAUACUAUCGUAAUGCUUUCUACAAUGUGGCCUGUGCGGAACACUGGUUCCGUGAUGAUACUGUCAGCAAGACUCCCCGGCAAUCCAAAGUUUGUGAAACGAUUGCCAAUAUUGGUAGUAGUCCCACAUCAGUUCUUCAAUGGGCGCGCCACGAAAAAGAGUUCCCAUGGGAUGCUCAGACCUGUCGGCAUGCUGCUAGUAAUGGCCGCUUGGACAUUCUCAAAUGGGCUCAUGACAAUGGAUGCCCAUGGGAUCCAUCCACUUGCAUCUGUGCUGCAGAGCAUGGUCAUUUUCAUGUUCUUAAAUGGGCCAGGGAAAAUGGCUGCCCAUGGGGCCCACAAGUGUGCUGGGGAGCGGCUCAUUCUGGUCAUUUGGAAAUGUUGAAAUGGGCUCGUGAGAACGAGUGCCCUUGGAAUUCCUACACCUGCUCGGCGGCUGCUAGAGAGGGUCACUUUGAAAUUCUAAAAUGGCUCCAUGAGAAUGGAUGCCCGUGGAAUGAAUUAACAUGCUCCUCUGCUGCUACAGGUGGUCAUUUUGAAAUUCUCAAAUGGGCGCAUGAGAAUGAUUGUCCCUGGGAUGAAUCCACUUGUGCUUUUGCUGCAAAAGGAGGGCACUUUGAUAUGCUGAGAUGGAUCAUUGAACAGGGAGGCGUGUGGGAUGCACGCACUUGCAGCAAUGCUGCCUUAGAGGGUCAUUUCGAAAUCCUCAAGUGGGCACAUGAGAAUGGGUGCCCAUGGGAAGAAGGCACGUGUGCAAGUGCUGCAAGGAUGGGCCAUUUGAAUAUACUGAAGUGGGCUAGAGAGCAAGGAUGCCCCUGGAAUGAAUUCACCUGCUCAGAAGCUGCUGGUGAUGGGCGUAUAGAAACACUCAAGUGGGCACGAGAGAAUGGGUGCCCUUGGGAUGAGAAUACAUGUGCUUGGGCUGCUAUGAGAGGUCAUUUGGGAGCUCUCAAGUGGGCACGUGAAAAUGGAUGUCCAUGGGAUGCUGCCGCCUGCUCUUUUGCUGCUGGAGGCGGUCAUUUUGAACUGCUGAAAUGGGCUCGUGAAAAUGGAUGCCCAUGGGAUAUGAGGACAUCGGCUGCUGCUGCGGGAGGUGGGUAUUUUGAUAUUUUGAAGUGGGCCCAUGAAAAUGGCUGUCCCUGGAACGAAAGGACAUGUUCUGGCUCUGCGGGAAGUGGUCGUUUGGAUAUCCUGAAAUGGCUCAGGAUGAGUGGUUGUCCUUGGGGUAGAGACACUUGUGCUGCUGCUGCCUCGGGUGGAUAUCUUUACAUUAUUCAGUGGGCACGUGAAAAUGGCUGUCCCUGGGAUGCCAACACAAUCAGGGUGGCGGCUGGGACUGGGAAUUUGGAUAUUGCAAUAUGGGCUCGUGGGGAGGGCUGCCCAGAUCCUGUGUUUCCGCCUAUGGGCUAGAUGAUUCUGACUAGAGCACCAAUUGCAAUGCAAGAUGUAUGUAACUAUAGUUUAAUCCUACUACUAGCUAGAGAAAGCAGAGUUUCAUAACGUAAG